UGCUGCGCUGUGCACGUCAAAACCUUCAAAACUCCGUUAGCUUUGCCGGGAAAAUCAUCCCCGACGACAUCUCCGGCGGAUUUCCGGAUGUGUGCUACUUUGCGCCGCAUGCGCAUCAAUUACAAGGUGGGUCAUUUUCCCCUGUUUCCAACAUCCUUGCACACUUCACAACUGCUAUUUUUACACUUCUUCACUCCACCACACAAAGUCCUAAACCCUAAAGUUACCAGCUUUUCUACUGAAAGCUCAUAUUGCAGUUCAAAUUCAUUAGAUUCUGAAAAAGGAUUUGAUUUUCUUGAACAGUUUUCUCCUUUUAAGAAUUUAGCAAACUCUUCUACUUACACUGUCAUUACCUCAAAUGAGAGGCGUAAAAUUGUUGUGGGGUUAUCAAGAAUGAUAAAAAAUGAAAAAGGUUACAUUUUGGAAGCAUUUUCAAGAGAUUUUUGCCCAUCUUUUUUGGUAAAAAUUAUGAAGUUGAUUGGUAAUAGGGAAGUUGCAUUUGCAUUCUUUAAGUUUGUUUUUCAAGAUUAUUCGGAGAGUACAGUGAAGUCAUGUUGUAUUAGUGCGCAUUUAUUGGCUGCUGGACAGUUGAGGCUAUUGGCACAGGAUAUAAUAUCUUGGAUCAUUAGGAGGAUUGGAAAAUGUAGGAGUGAUGAGAUUGUGGAGUUCAUGUGGAGGGAGCAUUAUAAGUAUGAGUGUGACUUUUCGGUUCUUGAUUCAUUAAUGCGGGCUUUUUUAACCGCAGAAAUGGUUUCGGCUGCAUUAGAGAUUUUGAGUAAGAUGAGAGACAGCGGGUUGUGGCCGAGUUCAUCAGCUGUCGGCAUCCUAUUUAAGUUGUUGCUUAGGAUUGGUGAUUAUGGUAGUGUCUGGAAGUUAUUUCGGGAUAUCUUGCAUAAAGGGCCUCGUCCUACUAACAAUCUCUUUAAUGUAAUGAUUCUUGGAUAUUGUAGAAAAGGCAGUCUUCCAACGGGAGAGAGUUUAUGUCAUCUCAUGAGGAAGUUUGGAUGUGAGCCAGAUGUUUUUACAUAUAAUAUUUUGAUCAAUGCAUACUGUAUUAGAGGAUGGACUUCAGAUGCAUUGCACUGGGUGCAUAUGAUGAUUGAUCAUGGAUGUAAUCCAAGUAUCUCUACCUUUAGUACGGUAAUUAAUGCCCUAUGCAAAGAAGGCAACAUGACGGAAGCCAGAAAAGUGUUUGAUGGAAUGCAAGAGGUGGGUGUCUUUCCUAGCACCAUCACAUAUAAUGCGUUGAUGGAUGGCUAUGUUAAAGCACGGGAAAUGUAUCAAGCAAAUAUGCUAUAUGAAGAAAUGAAAAAGAAGGGUGUAGUUCCAGAUGCUAUAACUCUUAACAUUUUGGUGGCAGGUCACUAUAAGUAUGGUAGGGAAGAGGAUGGCGACCGAUUAUUAUGGGAUCUAACAGUGACAGGACUUUUUCCAGAUUGUUUAUUCUCUGAUGUAUCAAUCGCAGGAUUGUGUUGGGCAGGAAGGUUGAACGAGGCUGUAACAUUGUUGGAUAAUAUGCUUGAGAAGGGGAUACCUGUUAGUGUAAUAGCUUUUAAUUCAAUUAUUGCUGCUUACAGCAAAGAAGGGUUAGAAGAAAAAGCAUUUGAAGUCUAUAAUGUUAUGGUUCAGUUUGGUCAGACUCCUUCAGCUUCCACGUGUGCUUCCCUUCUCAUGGGUUUGGCAACGACAGGGAGGCUGCAAGAAGCGAGAAAUUUAAUGGCUAAGAUGAUUGCAAUGUCCUUCCCUGUUAACAGAACUGCUUUCACUGUGCUUCUGGAUGGGUAUUUUAAGAAAGGGGAUGUAAUAGGAGCUAGAAUAUUGUGGGAAGAAAUGGAAAUGAUGGGAAUCGCUCCUGAUUCUGUUGCUUUUUCUGCAUUGAUAGAUGGGCUUGCUAAAGCAGGAUCUGUUGAAGAUGCGUAUGAUGCCUUUUUCCAGAUGACUAGGAAAGGGCUUGUGCCAAAUAAUUUUGUUUAUAAUUCGCUAAUUACUGGUUUUUGUAAUAGCGGAAAACUGAAUGAAGCUCAGAAACUAGAGAGGGACAUGAGGGAUAGGGGUCUUCUCCCGGAUGUCUUUACAAUUAAUACCAUCAUCAAUGGUUUCUGCAAACAGGGAAGAAUGAGAUUAGCUGUUGACAGUUUUGUGGAAAUGCAACAAAGUGGUAUACAACCUGAUAUUGUUACAUAUAACACCUUGAUCAACGGAUUCUGCAAAGCAUUUGACAUGGUCAAUGCGGAUAACUUUAUGACAAGAAUGUAUGCCAGUGGAUGGGAACCUGAUAUCACAACCUACAAUAUAAAGCUUCAUGGUUUCUGUAGUAGUAGGAGGAUAAAUCGAGCAGUUAUGAUGUUGGACGAGCUUGUAUCUGCUGGAGUGGUGCCAAAUACCGUCACAUACAACACUAUGAUGAAUAGUGCUUGCAAUGACAUAUUGGACCGUGCAAUGAUUUUGGCUGCAAAGUUGCUUAAGAUGGCAUUUAUCCCAAACACCGUUACAGCUAACUUGCUACUUUCUCACCUAUGGAAGCAGGGACUACCUCAGCGGACGUUGAUGUGGGGGCAAAAGUUGAGCGAAAUCGGUUUUGAGUUUGAUGAAAUAACAUAUAAAAUUUUGGACAAUGCUUCUCAUUAUGUACAAGAAAACACAGAAUAUUGUACAGAAACAACAGGAAAGAGUCUCUUUCUAGACUUCCUCAUGUACAUUACCUAUGACUACAUACGUAGAAGUAAGGCUUAUAGUGAUAAAAAUGACAGCUCUUACGAACUAGUUGAGGAUGGUCCUUGUGUGUCCUUCAAGUUAAUCAACAAGGCGUAUAGCCAAUUUGAUGAAAGAGCAAGAAACUAAAUGGUUACCAGCAUAGAAAUUUUUCUGGAUGAAUUUACAAAAGGUGAAGGGGAGUAAAGUUGUCUCCGUGUGACCUAUAGGUCACGGGUUGGAGCCGUGGAAUCAGCCAUUGAUGCAGGGUAGGCUGCUUACAUCACACCCCCUUGGGUUGUGGCCCUUCCCCUGACCCUGCGUGGAUGCGGGAUGCUUCGUGCACCGGGCUGCCCUUUUUUAAUUUACGAAA